AUGGUGUUGCUAAAGGUGAUACGGUUUGUGUACCAAGAAACCUCCAACAUCACGAUCAGUACUACGAUCGGCGCCGACGAGGGUGAAGCGGGUCAUAACACCGUUCGCGGGUUUGUUUGUGGUUUCGAAGGUGAUACUGCAGGUGAUAUCGCAGCCACUGAUCGUGAUGCUGAAGAUGGGAUUGAUUAUAACGCCGAAGGUGACGUACUGCGUGUAAAACUGGAUCCAUUUGGUGACGCUUCUGGUUUUAUAGGCAACAACGGGAAUCGUGCUGAAGACUUGGCUUACUCCAACUGUAAACACGUGCGGCCUCGCGCGUUCUUUUCGGAUCGAACGGCCAACACCAAACAAUUGGUUGGCCAAAGUACAAAACGAUAUCCACAGAAGUCAGAUCUGAUUCGUUCUUAUAUUAGUGCUGCACAACAACUCGCGACGAUGGCUUGUGUAUACACGGCAUUGGGUACAAAUUUAGGUGACAAACUUGUCAAUCUAGAGAAUGCCUUGACCAUGUUAUCACAAUUAGUAGGACCAGUACAAGUCACCUCUCGUCUUUAUACUACGAGAGCUCAAUAUGUGGAAGAUCAGCCUGUUUUUUUAAACCUCGUAGCUAGACUCAAGACUGAAUUAAAGCCUAUUGAGCUACUGGAAGCUUUGAAAACAAUUGAAAGGGAGAUUGGGCGUACACGUUCAUUAAGAUAUGGACCAAGAUUAAUUGAUGUAGAUAUUUUAUUCUUUGAUGAUCUGACGCUGAAGACGAAUACAAAGGAAGGACCUCUUAUUAUACCUCAUGAACGUAUUAGCGAGAGAGAUUUUGUGCUUGCUCCAAUGUGUGAUGUAGCUCCAGAUUUGCUUCAUCCAGUAUUGAAACAGUCAAUGCAGUGUUUGUAUGAUGCAUUGAAAAACGGCACACAACGUUGUAUUGUACCAGUGCCAAUGCUACCAGUUGAUAAGAAUGCACCUUGGUCAUUGGGGAGCAAGACGUUGAUCAUGGGAAUUGUAAACGUUACACCUGACAGCUUUAGUGAUGGUGCUGAGUUGGAAACGACAGGUGCUGCAGUGGAAAAGGCGUUGGAGAUGGAGCGCGCUGGUGUAGACAUAAUCGACAUUGGAGGUGAAUCGAGUCGACCUGGAGCAGAACCUGUGACGGAAGAAGAAGAAUUAAGGCGUGUGUUGCCAGUGAUUUGUGGCAUCCGUGAGAAGAGCAAGAUUGCCAUUUCGGUUGAUACCACAAAGGCGGAAGUUGCACGCCAAGCGGUUGGUGCAGGCGCAAACAUGGUAAAUGACAUCUCAGCAGGUCUGAACGACGAUGCAAUGCUUGCUACUGUGGCCAUGCUACGUGUCCCCAUUGUGCUCAUGCACAUGCGAGGCACACCACAAACUAUGACUAGUCUCAAGGAGUACGAGAAUGUAGUUGCUGAAGUUGCUGAAGUACUUCAUGAACGUGUAAUAGCUGCGGAGGCUGCCGGUAUAUUCCGAUGGAAUAUUAUUGUGGACCCAGGAAUAGGUUUUGCCAAAGCUCGGUGUCUGAAUUUGAAGCUGCUGCGAAAACUCUCAGUCGUCAAGAAGCUAUGCCAAGGAUUGCCACUUUUGGUGGGACCAUCUCGCAAAGGUUUUAUUGGUGAGAUCUGUGGACGUUCAGAACCAAAAGACCGCUUGUGGGGUACUGCUGCUACAUGCUGCGCUGCCAUUGAGCAAGGAGCUGACAUUCUGCGUGUUCAUGACGGUGCCGAAAUGGUGGAUGUGGCUAAAAUGUCAGAUGCCAUUUGGCGUGAGGAGUAA